UCACUGGUGGACUGUGGUGAUGGCGAUAUGGACGGUAUUUAAGCCGUUCGAGGAGCGUUUGCUGCCACGUUGGAGGACUGAAGCACACAGGCUUGGUUCAAGAUGCCAAACUGGGGAGGAGGUGCCAAGUGUGCAGCCUGUGAGAAGACGGUGUACCACGCAGAGGAGAUCCAGUGUAACGGGAGGAGCUUCCAUAAGACCUGUUUCAUCUGCAUGAGCUGCAGAAAAGGGCUGGACAGCACCACGGUUGCAGCACACGAGUCUGAGAUUUACUGCAAGUCCUGUUACGGGAAGAAAUAUGGGCCAAAAGGCUACGGAUACGGGCAAGGAGCUGGAGCUCUGAGCUCUGAUCCUCCUGGACAGAAUGUAGACCUGCAGUCUCAUGAGUCUAAACCACAACCAGCUUCUUCAAACUCCAACGCUAAUAAAUUUUCCCAGAAGUUUGGGAGUUCAGACCGCUGCCCUCGCUGCUCCAAAGCCGUCUACGCAGCAGAGAAGAUUAUGGGAGCGGGGAAGCCCUGGCAUAAAACCUGUUUCCGCUGUGCUCUGUGUGGUAAAAGCCUGGAGUCGACCACAGUGACAGACAAAGAUGGAGAGCUGUACUGUAAAGUUUGCUACGCCAAAAACUUCGGCCCAAAAGGAUUUGGACUGGGGAACGCGGCCAUGUUGGAGGAACGAGAGUGAACACUUGUGAUUUUAAAAGAAACCUCAAACUCACGUUAACUGCGUCACAUGGCAACUGUUUCUAUGGAGACUCAGCCUUUACUUUUACACUGGAUGAUGUUCUACAUGCAUGAUGACAUCCAUGAUGUUCUAGACGCCGUAUUGGGAAUCACAGUACCGGGCAGCUAAAAUAACAGCAGAGUCAAGCAAUCUUGAAAACUGGGUAAAAUGUUGCCUAAUACUUCUAAUUAAUCAUUCUGAGUACAAAAUAAAACAAUUUUGUCACCUUCAAA